GGCAUCCUUGUCAAAUGACUGAAUCUCAGACAAGCUGUGUUUUGAGGGCAUCCAAUUGCCCACUAGAUGCUACAAAUCUGCAAUAGUCCAACUGUUUAGUUCUUUUUCUUAUAUGUUUUUAGAUGCUAAAUUAGAUGUAACUCUUGUACCCCUGUGAAUAACUGCAAGCUCAAUGGGCUGACCCUUUGUUGGAACAAUAAUAGGAUUUUUCUUACUUUUUUGUACGAAUAGUUGAGCUGUCGCCGAGUCAUGAAGGAAUGAAUUUUUUUGUUCAUCCUUACUAAGAGGAGAUGUUAUAUUACGGCGCAUUAUGUCAUCAAUUGAUACAUCUUUGUUUUGUCUUGGAGGGGGGGGGGGUUUGAUGACUGGAGAUACAUUUAUUUCAUUUGAAAUUCAUCAUCUCUUGGCACUUGUAGAUGGUAAUGGGGUGCUUGUCAAGGGAGGGCCUUCUGAUUCGCAACAGCCAGGUAUUUGCUUUAGAUUUGAGGCAGUAUCUGACAACAAUGUCUCUUCAUCAAAUGUGUCUGAUAUUUUUUUCUUUAGCUUUUUCUUGGGGAUGAUGGUAGAGGGUACAUCAGAUAGAGGGGUACUAGAUAUAGUAUUUGGGAGAGGGUGUUCUGGAGAAUGACACAC